AUGACUACGGCAGCCGGCAGCAGCUUCGGCACCACCUGCUGGUGGGGGUUCUCCCCCGCGCUCGACCUGCAGAGGGAAUGUCUGGAGAGCUCCAUGGCCCAUCUCUGCCUGUCACAGGACGACCUGCCCGAGCUCAAUAUCCUGCUGGUGGGCUCCGUCGACGGCCGGCACGUCCUCCGGACCAUGAGCCAAGCCCACCGCUGGCCACAGAGGAGGGUCAAUUUCUACCUCGUGGAGAAUAACCUCGAGGCGCUGGGCCGGCAGCUGCUUUUUCUCAGCCUCGCCCUGGAGUCUCCGGAGAAAAUGGGGCUGCAAGAGAAGAGCGAGAUGUUCCUGGAGCUGCUGGGAAACAGCUUGAUCCGCAGCCCGACAGCCGCCUACUUGCAGGAGAAAUCGGACCUGUUCGUCCGUUACGUCACCGACCCGGACUUCCAGCAGCGCCAUCUGGGGGCCGUGGACCUGUCGGCCCUGAAGUUCAAGGAGCGGGAUCAGCUGGAGAGCAUCUUCCGAUUCUGGCGGAACCCGGACCCGCAGGCCUUCCCGAUCGCCCGGCUUUGGGACCUGCGGGUCCGGCAGUACCUGGGCGCCCGUUACGACGCCCGCCGCGGCGUGUGCGACUGGGACCUCACCAUGAAGCUGCACGAACGUGGGGCCAGCGUGAUCGGCGGGCGGGAGUUCUCAAGGUGGCGGGACACGGGGGUGGCCUUCGAGCUGCGGGAGGGCGUCUACGACGUCCCCAACAAAACCUUGGCCUCCGGGAGGCUCCUGAGACACGUGAGCAGCGGGCUGGUGCCAGCCCGGGGGUACUGGGGUGACAUCGGCACGGGGCCGUACCUCCCCUUCGGGAUCGAGUCCGAGGAGCCGAGUCUGCUGAGAACCAUCAACGGGGUCCCUGCCAAGAGUGCCCAGGAGAUCUCCUUGUACAAUGUCACGGCCCUGUUCCACGAACUGGCAGCCCGGGCCCGCUACACCCCCCCGCCGCCCACCCCAGAGGGGGCCAGUGGGGCUGCCCCGGCCCAGGAGAGCCCCGCCCCGAAUCCAGAGCCGGACCUGCAGGAUCACAAGGCUGCCUGCCCCGGGCCCGUCCGGAUUCACUUCCUGCCGCUCGGCUGCAUAGCUCGGCUGCCCUCCAAGAGCCAGUACCACCAGCGCUUUCACCUGCUCUACUUCUCCUGCAGCAUGGUCCACACCCUGACCCCGGAGCUGCAGCUGGUAUCUGCCCCCAGGGCUACGUUGAUCACUGAGCUGACCAGCUUCCUGCCCGACUUGCGCAAGGAGCAGGCGGACGCCUUCCUCGCCCGGGUGACGGCCAUGGCCGCAGGGGCCGGCUUCGCGCCGUGCGGGACGCCCGAGGGACAGAACCAGGCCUGGGCCCGCUUCCAGCGCCGGGAGGAGGGGCCCGGCGACCCGCUUUGCCCCCUCCUGGCUCCCGAUGUCCCCCCAGAAGAUGGACGCCCCACACACGUGCCCCCUCCUGUCUGCCCAGGGCCCAGCUCUGUGAGUGGGGGUGUUCAUGAGGUUUGA